AUGGAGGUCCGCGGCGCUUCAGGAACCGCGGCUUGCCGGGCCUCUUCCGCGCGACAAGACUUGGACGAGGUGCCGUCUCUCAAGCGUCGCAGAAUCUCGUCUGUCUGCUCUCUCGUUUCUCCUCGUGACGCUCUUGAUUCCUCAAGUAAAAAUGGUAGCCGCUCUCGUGGAGAGUCCUUUGCAUCGCAGUCUCUUCUUUGUCCUUCUCCAACCACGUCGUCACAUGCUUUGCCUUCCGUGGAGAGAACUGAGGUCCUUCUCCAGACACCUUCGAGAGACCGCACCAGCCUUGCAACGGCUUUCUGCAUCUGCUCAGGAGACGGGCGUACGUCUCCCUCGAUGGCGAAGGCCCCCGCGGUGAAUGCCCUCGGUCUUUGUCGCGCAGCUGUCCCCUUCCAGUCAUCUCCUUCUACAUCCUCCGCUUCGUCUCCACUCGCCUCUUCUCCUCCUUCUCACGUCUGCUCUUCUUUGGUAACUAGGACUGAGCCUGCGGCAUCUGCCGCUGCCUCUCACACUCGCCACAGGGGACGAGACUCUGGACCCUGGCCUCCUGCCGGCUCGGCGGCGUCUCAAGCCAGACUCACAACGCCAGGUGAAAAAACGCUUCCCUCGCCUAGCGACAGAAAACAGCUUCCUGCCUUCUCUGCCCUGUCGUCGUCUGCCCACUUCUCCGGGUUUUUUCUUGGGCGAGGUGGAAGUUCACCGCGAGGAGGCCGCAGUGCGUCUCCUCUGUCUCGUCGACCGGACAAUGGCGAGAGAAAGGGCCUCAGCGCUCUCGGAGGCAAGAAUCCCUGCCAAGAUCAUGGAACGAAAGAGGCGAGGAGGGAACGCACAUGUCGUGAAAAGGACGAAAUGACGCUGCACAGAGACACCUCGUCUUUGGACGACAUGCAGGAAGAGACACAGCGCUCGAGCAGCCGUUUGAGGCGGCAGCAGCAGACAAAGGGAGCGCACACCAUGUCAACGAAUGCGCGCGAGGAGAGACCAGCUGCAGCCUUCAACGCGAAACAUGAAACAGCCGACGGGGGAGGCGAAGAUCAAGGCAACGAACGCGAGGAAGACAGUGAGAACGAAGAACGGGACUCUCGACGAGGUUGCGUCUGCGACCGCACGUCUGCAGACGGAGAGCGAAGGCCAGAAGCUGAGGCUAUGGCGAAGAAGGGGAGAUGCCGAGAUAGAGUCGAGGAGCGGGAGAGGCGGAGAGAAAGCAGGGAACAGAGAAGAAGCUUCUUGUCUCCUUCCCACUCCGCUUCUGUGUCGUCCGCUUCGUCAGAGACCGAACGAGAGAAAUGGAGGACAAGCAGAAGGCGAGAAAUAAACAGAUGCUCUUCGUCGGUCGCUCUUUCCUCGUCGUCACCAUCGGGCGUGGAGGAAGAGGUUGGAAGCGAAGAGGAAGACAGUGAAUAUUUUCUCCUUCCUCUUCAGCAGAGGGAGGAAGAGGUGAGAGACGCAAAACGUCGCCGCAGCCGACAGCAGCUCAGGAGCUUUUCUCACACACGGGAAGAGGCAGAGUCGGCUUCAAGUUACUACUCCUCUCGAUCGCGAAGACGCCGCAGACGAAGAGGAAGAGAGCAAAUGGAGGACAAAAGCUUAGGUGACUCUGAACAGUGUUCCCGAGAGGAAAGCGAGAACACAUCCGCCGACGAAGAAUCAGAGGAGUCAACCUGCAUCGAGUACGACGCAGAAGACUGGACCUCGUCUUCGGAUUGGGAAGUGGAUGCUAUGGACAGAUCUCGGUUGUCGCGGCGGUUUCGACGCUACAUUUCGCCUGCGUCGACGCAUGGCUCUCUCGAUCCUCAUGAUCUCUCCGUCUCUAGCGCUGCGAUGAGACAGGCCUUCGCGAGAAGGCUCUCUUGCUCCUAUCGGGACAGCGCUUUGUCUUUUUCCUACAUGGACUGGCGGCGGAAACGACCUGCCUGCAUGUCCUGCCGAACUACGCGGUCUCCGUCUCUGUAUCUUCUGUCUGAGGGGCUUGUGGCUUCCUGCGACUUCGCCCGCAGUCGCAAAGCGCCAGCGGCUCUCUGGCGCGAGUCAGGUGUGGCAGGUGAAGAAGAGGCGACGAGGCUCAGGCGAUGGAAGGCAGGGAGGGCGGGAAGAAGGGAAGGAGGCAGGGAGCCGAAGAGACGCAGAGACAGGGACAGUCACUCGGAUCGGCUGUCCUCUUCGUCCCCACAUUCGGCGGACAGCGCAAGUGACAUCGAUGCAUGGGCGUCUCUCUCCUCUCGAGGGCGCGCCUCUCAGCAGAGGCGACGAGAGUGGAGAGGAUCGGAGAAGGUCGGAGACAGAGGUAGGCGACAUGGGGGGUGUGGAGAAGAGGGACACUCUUCCUCUUCUGGUUCGACUGAGGAAGAGUCCGAGGCAGAGCGCGGGCGAGGCAAUGGCUUCCUCAGGAGUCUCAACGAAGAGUGGAGCACCGAGGAGGGUGAAAACAGCGAAAGUGGAGGAGCGAGAGAAUGCCCAGAGAGAGAAAGCGAAGGCUGUGAGGAAGAAGAACUUGUGUACUGUGAAGUGACAUCCUGUGAAGGGACCCUAAGCCGCUUCGGGAGGGCGGCCAGGGCACGAGAGAUCGACGGCGCGCGGGCGGAUCCCGACGGAAAGCACACCCGAGCGGGCAGCGGGGACAGGAAGGAGGACAUGCCGGAUUUUGACAGAAACGCAAGUGGACUGGCCUCUUCUUAUGGAAGCAGCGGAUCGAUUCUCAGACGAGCUUCCGCCAAGGACGCGGCACGAGCACAAGAGAGACGCGAGGCUGACAGCGAGGCUGACGACACCGACGAGGCGACCCUGUCUCAUGGCUACGAGGUGGCAAGGGGAGAAGCAGAGAGAGUUCCAGAGGCCUCGGCAAGCGCCGAAGGCCGGGGGGAAGGUGAAGCGACCCACAAGAGACUGCUGGAGAGACCAUCUGAUAAAGACCGAAAGGACAGGAGACGAGAGGCAGAGGCAGACCUGAGAGGGGAGAGAGGAGGCCGACCACGGAGUCGAAGAAGAGGUGAACGCGGUGGAGAACAUGGGGAAAGUGAGAGAGCGCGAGAGAGCGAGGGGAGGCAAAUCGACAAGCAUGCAGAACUGGUGCCGCUAGAUGCUUACCGUCGAAGGGGGCGUGCUUUCACAAAGUGGCACAAGAGGACCGAGCCUCCGCCAGUUGCAGGGCGAGAAGCAAGACGAUAUCGGGCUCUUUCUCCGAGGCAAGAAAGACGCAAAAGGCACCGUUUGAUGGCUGCGGCCAACAGGCUCAUCGCGCUGGCAUCGGGGGCCUUUGAAGGCAAGGAUCUCCCGGAAAACCUCUCUCAGCGCCAGACAGUCUUCGAGGAGUCACCGCGGGGACAGCUGGACCAGAUGGCUUUCCUCGAGGCAUCGCGCUGGCUGGAAGAAGUCGAGAAUCUCCACCACUGCGAGGACAUGACAGUGAUCUUCCAAGCUGUCGUUUUCCACCCACACUUGUCGGAGCGGGUCGUCGCCGCACUCGCCGUCUGGAGUGUUGCCUGGCUCCUCCCUUCGCUCCUUCCUUUCUCGGCAGUUCCCGCGGCAGAGACACCCAGAGGCCCAUUCAACUUCGGGGCGGUGCUCGCUCUUCUUCUUCCCUCGUUCUACUCUCCAGCCUCUCUGUCCUCUUCGCCAUGCUCCUUGCACCCAGCGAGGCGAGCCGCGCAAGAAUCGAAACGGGGACGCGAGCCGAAAAAUGUGGACGCUGAACAGGUGGAAAGAAACGGAGAGAGAGGGGAAGCCGAAACGCCUUCACAGCCUCAAGUGACACGCACAACCUGGGCGGGUCCGCCGCCAGCAGCGAAUUGUCGGCUGCGGAGCAUGCGCUGCAUGCUUCAGGCCUUCCUUUUCUCUCGACCGUCGUUCGCUGUUGUCUUUCUCGCGUAUUUCGCUGACUGUCUCGACGAUCAACACUCUUCACACAAAACAGGUUCCUCUUCGUCCGUCGCUUCCUUGCCAGUCUCUUCUCCUGUCUCCCCUUUUGCGAGUCCUUCUGCACUUUUUCGUCCUGCUGUCGCUCCUCUCUCCUCGUCUCUGUGGACCGCGUCUUCGUGUGUCUCUUCCGGGAGCGCUGGGACUCCGCGACGCGGCCCGGCUGAGGCCAGGAGACGGGGCAGCGGAGGCGCUGAAGCAAGCAGGAAGCGCGUCGCCGCGUUUCUUGCGUCAGUCGCAGGAGAGGGCGUCGCUUCCGGAAAGAGCGGGAUGACGGUUGGCGUCUGCCCCCAAGACUUUCUGCUGUUUUUCUCCAAGAACGAAGAACACGAAAAAAAGGAGAACGCACAGGCCCUGAAACGCAUCGAGGGGCAAGACUCGCCCUUUAUCCUUUCCUCUCUGUCUGCUCUGUCGUCGCCCGCGUCUGUCCCUUCUGUCUCCUCAUUGCCUCCUCAAGGUUACUGGCGCGGUAGAGAGGCAGUAGAGAAAACAGGGGCAGGCGCCAACGUAGGAAAACCGACGCUCACCAAUAACGAGGCGACGCAAGCUUCUGAGCAUUUGACAGACACUAAUGUGGUUGAGGAGAAAUGCAGUUGUGUGACUUCGGCGACGAACACAGAGUCCCCUGGAAGAGUUGAGAGGACGAUUGCCUCCUCGGUUUUGUCAGACGUUCAUAUCAACUCUCCCUCGGUCCGUCUGUCCAUGGCCCGGUCUCGCUUUCUGGAGUCUGUCGAGGCGGAGGCCGAAGCCAGGGCUGCGAGGCUUCUCAUGCGUCUGCAGCUCUCUCGAGUGUUUCAGGAGACCCUCUGGAACGCGCCUCUUCUUCGUGCGUUCCUCCUCAAUCUUGCACUCGGUUUCCUGCUCAGAGGCUCGCGUUGUUCGUCUAAUUGUCUCUUCUCUGGGCACUCCACGUCUCCGUCUGUCUCUUCUUUUCCCCACUUGCCCUGCUGGCUUUGCUUGCAGGGCCAGUGUGGGGGGCCAGUCGCCCUGUGUGCGUCUCGCAGGCGCCUUCUAGGUCCUUUCUUCCUUCUUCUCGACUCUCCCGCGCGUGUCUGGAACUUCUACAUCUCGGGGCUUGCUCGAUCCGCGUCUGAGCCUUCCCUAGAGUCGGCGCGGUCUCUUCUUGUGUCAAAAAACGGAGACGAAACGAUCGGUAGAGAGAACGAGGCAAGCGCGGCGAACGCGGAGAAGGCGCGAACCGCGGCAGAGGCGCCUUGCGGGGGCGGAGUUCCCGACGGAAUGCCGCCCUCCUGGAAGGAGUCAGGAUCAGGGAUGCGUUCGUCUUUCUCCGGCGUCUGUUCUCCCUCUCUACGGAGCGUUCUUGUGUGUGUCAGUCUCGCAUGUGAGCAACCUGCUUCGAGUUUCAGACACCGCGACGCGCGAUGUGCGUCUCCCUCCACUGUCGCUCCUGCGCCUUGCUUGGAGUCUCCGGAUUCCUCUCUCUUUGAGUACCUGGGCGCCUUCGCUGAUCCUGAAAACGUCGCUCGCGUCCUCGAUGCGGUUUUCCUUCAUCUCGGCGUCUCCUUGCUGUGGCUGCUUUCCGUUCAAGGUUGUCUAGUGUCCUUGUCAAAACUUCAUCACCCGUCACCUUCCUCCUCUCCCCCUGGUACCUCUUCCCCGUCUCGCCCACCUGCGUCCGUCUCCGUUUCUCCUCCUUUCUCUCCGUCUCUCUGUUUGCUCUCUUCUUCUCGGCCUGUGGUGCGAGAACUGAGGUCGCUCGCUCUCGCUGUCAUGGAGUGGAUGCGCCAUGUGGCUUCUGCCCGCCAGCAUGCGGUUUUGACUUCUCUGCAUUCGCGGGCAUCCUCUCUUCUGGCCUCACCAUGCGGACCAUCGCGUCUCUCCUUCUCGCCGCUUGCGUCCAGCGGUUUUUCCCUCCUGGGCCUCGCGGCACCUCUCGCCGCCUCUGCAGGCGACGCCCUUCUGCAGGCUCCAGCGCCGCGCCUGUGCGCCUUCUGCGCGACGUUUCCGCCUUCCUGCGUAGGGCCUUGUUCAGCGAAGCUGGCUGCCCCGUUGGCUGGCGAGGUUCCAAAAGAAAAACGAGAGACGUUUCCAUCCGACAGAGAAGCGAAGGAGCAGCGGCAUAAAAGCGGCGAGACGCAGGGCGAAGGCCUGGGAGAAGAGCCAAGCGACGCCCACGGGCGUUUGGACGAGAUGCGUCAGGCCGCAGAAAAGAGGGCAGGAAGAGACAGUCUGAAGAUUCUCUGGGAUCUCUUCGUGGGUCAGGAGACGCGACGCCCUGCACAAGGCGAGACGUUUGACAACGAGCAACAGGACAAGAUUUCGACGGCCAAGAGGUCUGCCGCAUGUGCAUCGUCUUCGCCGCCGGCAGGCGAUGCGGUGGCGAUCGACUCUGGAGCCUCCCGUUUCUCUUCCGUAUCCUCUGGGGAAAAAGAAGAAGACCUUCUGCAUUUGAUUUUCGGCGCCCUCACAGGCGGCCCUAGUAGCGUGUGCCUCAGUUCUUCCUCUCCCUUCCCCCAGCCUUCUCCCUUGUCGGAUUCGUGCGUCUCCCCGCCUUCCUUCUCUUCGCCUGCCUUAUUUGCAACGUCGGUGGCGAACGGCUUCGUUGGCCUCGACAGCUUAGUUUCUCGGCUUGCUCCGGCGACUAGAGUCGAAAGCGGAGGGGGACAGCGAGGAGAAGAUGUCGCGAGCGAGACUGUCUCUCCUCUUGAAAUACCUGUGCAGCCUCCUUGCCUCUCUAAUACGUCGCCUCGGUGGCUCGCUUCUGCCCGUUCUUCUCUGUCCCUGCCUUCUGCCUCAGCCUCUCCCGGCUGUGCGCUUCUGUCUAUCUUCCUCCGCUCCGCUGCCGUUGGCAUUUACACGAGACUCGGGAAGCUCGAGCGUCUCCUGCGUUUCUCGGCCGACUUCACCAAGAGCGCUCACCAUAUUCUUCUGCAUGCGGCCUGUCUCCGGAAGCGGUCCAACGGAGAAGCGGGGAAAAAGCCAGGAGACUCCCGAGGCGACUCCGAACGCGAGACAGCCACGAGGUGCCCGGAGAGGAGAGGCUGGGACCGAGCGAAGGAGAGCGACGAAGGCAUCGGGAGCAGGGCUCCGUCGUCGAGACCGCAACUUUUGCGUGUCAGAGGAUGCACCUGCCUAGCGUACGGGGUCGAGGCGAUCGGGGACGUUUGUUUCUCGAGAUUUCCUUCCAACGCCUGUUCCUCUGUCAGCGCAGCUUCGUCGCGAUGUCUCCCAUCUCUUUCGCUGGCUCCUUCGCCCAUGGCCACAGGGUGCGGGCCUUUCGCCUCCGGCUGCCUGCCUUCUUUCAGCUCUGCGGACGUCGCCUCUUUAGUCUCCUUGAGUCUCCCACUGCCUCUCGCUCUCCACACCUGCGCCGCCGCUGCUCUUGCCGCGCCGUCUUCUGUUUCUCUCGCUUUCAUGUGCAUUUCACUUCCUUGCUCUCCCAACGCCUCUCCCUCGACGGCCGCUCCUCGUCCUUCGUCUGCACUGUCUACGGCCGCUUGUUCGCCCUCAGACUGCUCGCGGAGUUCUGCGUACGCAGCUUCACCUCGACCACCCUUUCUGUUGAGGGGACGCGAGGGGGAUGCUGAAUGCGAAACGAUGUUGGACGCGUGUCUCCUCACGCCUUUCCUCCAGGGCUCCGAGGAGACACCUGGGCGAGCAGGAGCGGGAUGGACAGAACCCAAGCAAGGUGAAAUCGCCGAGACGGCAAGCCAGAGGAGAGAACGCGACGUAGAUGACGCGAGGCCAGCCCUGAGGAUUCUUCCUUCUGUUCCUUUCCUUCGACUCUGCAUUUCACGCAUGCUUCUUCGUCUUCUUCCCGAUGCUCAUCCUCAGCCUGCCACACUGUCGACGCCUCUCGUGUCGAUGUCCCCUCGGUCUCCUUUCUCUUCCUGCUGUUCCUCGUCUCUCCAUCCUUCUUCUCUCUUCAUGGGCGACGGAGACUGGCAGUCGUCGCCGUCGCAAAGUCAAGAGACAUAUCCGGGGCAAAUCCCUUCUGUUCUCCCAGCUCCAGUGUCCCUCCUGCCUCGUUGUGAUCACCUGGUCUAUGCGAACCUCUACGACGCUCUCGCAGCUGAGGACAGCCCUUGCGGUCCGCAGAGACGGCCCAAGACUUCGGUCCCCGCAGAUUUCUCUACUUCUGCGUCCUCUGUUUCCCACGUUCACUGCGACGUCUCCCCUGUCCCAGCGGCGCACCCUCUCGCCCAAGCAGCCCGUGUUGUCUUUCCAUCUGCUUCUGCAAAGGGAACGUUGCUGUCUCUCCAUCCCGCGUCCACCUCGCGUUCUCCGGCUUCCCUCGCUGUCUCUUCGUUGCCUCUUUCCUCGUCUCCUGCGGCCGCUCUCUGGUUGCCUUCGACCUGCUGCUACGCGUUGUUUUCGCGACUUCUCUGGAGGGAAAUAUCGUCCGAGGACAAUCUGCUUCUCGAGGUCGGCUCCUGGUUGUAUCCAGACGAAAAGAAUGAGGACUGGGACAUUUUCCUGUCCCCCGCCCUCGUCGCUCCUCCACCCUCAGCUGGUCUGUCGAAGGCUUCGCCCCCUGUCUCCUCAAGGCGCGCGGAUUCGGAGACACUCGGGCGCUCCAUGGGGCCGUGUGGCCAGCACGCUUCAGAGGCGAGAGAGCCUCUGCAAGGAUCCCAGGUCGCUGUUCUAUCUGCAAAAGAAAUCUACCUUUAUCGGUCGGAACUUCUGCAGGCUCUCGCCGUUACCCUGGCGCUUCCGCUUCUUCUCCCGCCCCGCAGAGGCCGUGAAAGGCGCGACGGGCGUCGUUUGAGAGUACCUGGAGGAAGGCCGGGCGAAGCCAGGGGGCGUUCCAAGAAGGCAGGCAGACACUGGAAACGCAACGGCCGCACAGAAAGUCGAGGAAAGCCUCGCAGGGAGGCUCGAGGAACCGAAGCAACAGACUCUGGUUCGAGUGUCUCUUCUGCUGAAGGGCAGAAAUUCGGCGGAUACCGGGUUUCCAUGCGCUUCUACGCACCUCAAAACGGAACGCGAGACCCAGGACGCGAGCCAAGACAGCGAGAAUCGCCUCAAGAUGAAGACGGUCCGAGAGAACGACAAGGACUGCCGGCCCGGCUGCGGGACCCAGGUGACGUGGAGCUGGGUCCACAGAUGUCUUCUCUAUCGACUGAGCAAGGCGAGAGUCGAGUUGAAGGACACCAUACGCGGAAAGGCCUCGCCUGCCCUCAUGGGAAGAGAAGGUAUCAGCAGAGCCGAACGCGCCUGCGGGCUUUGACUGCGUUUUCGGUAGAAACCCACCAAGGCCCUCCGCCGCCCCUGACCUCCCCAGCGUUUCUGCUGCGUCUCUGCCGAUUCACGGCGUUUCGAGUUCUGAGCGCCUUCCUCGAGAAGCGAGACAGAGAGGCGUAUGUGGAGACACUUGAGAGGGCGAUGCAUGAAGCCGUCUGCGGCGAAAGCCGAUUGACGGAAGGCGAGAAGGCCCACGGAGCUCCCGACGAGGCAGGCAGCGAACAGAGUGAACCGCGAACGGCAGAUGCUCAGAAAGAAAGUGAGGAUGAAAGAGAAGAACCUGGGGACAAAGGAGACGAAAGCGACCAGUCCAACGCCAGGGCUGGCCGGGAGAAGGACAAGAAGAGGCGGCACGAUCUUCACUUUGGCGUCGCGGACACAGCGAGAAAGAAGUCAUGCGCAACUGAGGGAAAAGCCGAUCGCACUGGUGAAAGAAGACCGUACGGGGAGAACGCCAGGGUCGGCUUUGAUGACGAAUGCGUUCACCUCUCAAGGGCAGAAGAAUGCUACAGGAGACGCGGCAGCCGUCUCUGCGAACGAAUCGAGGAGGCAAGCGAGUCAAGCGCAGACGAAGACCUCGACAGCGAAGCCGGCGAAGGCCGCGCAGAAUCCAAGGCGCGCAUGCGCUUCACUGCCUCUUGCGGAAGAAGGGAACAGAGGAGGCAGGCGGCAUGCCGCUCCGUGGUGCCUUUUCCCUCGCUCAAUGGCGACGGUAGAAGACGAGACAAAACGGACCCGACGGGCUCCCGCCGUUUCGCUUCUUCAGGCUGCAGCGUUCAUCUGGACGAACGUCUCCUUCGCGCUAACUUCUUCUCCUUACCUCUCCCGUCGCGCGCAUUCUUCUCUCUGGAGUCAGACCCUCGAGACGACGAAUCUGAGAGACUGCCGCCGACUCGAAACGACCCCUGCGGUGUGUUCUCGCCUUUCUGUCUUGGUCGUGACCGCCUAGCGAUCGAAAUGUUGCUGGAGUCCCCCAUCCCUGUUUCUUCUUCGCCCUCGAGGCCCCCUCCUGCUUCACCUUCUCUCGUGUCCUCUUCACCUACCCUAGAUCAUCAUCGCAGCGGCUCUCCUUGUUCUCAGAGCUCCUCGUCUCUUCGUUCUCCUGUCCCUUCUCUCUUUUCACCCGGUUCACCGUCUCUAACCUCUUCAGCCGCUUCCGCCGCUUCGUCCCCUUGUCGAGGGACAGCCUCCUCGGCUUCUGCGUCGUUUCCGGAGCGCUUAGAGGAAGGCGGUAAGCGCGUAGAGAAAGGUCCGGUCUCCCAGCCGCCGUCUGGUAGAGCCCCGGCUCCUUCAUCCGAUGUGCCUCUGUGGCCGGUGGAGAGUCUCCAGGCUCACGGUCUCCAGUCUUGUCUCUCUCUCCUUGACGCGCUCCGAACUGUGGGCGCCUCUCUCUCCUCGUCGCCGCCCGCCGCCUCGGCUUUUGCCGCACUUCCGGGGGGACCGAAGGCCUGGCGCAGUUUCUUUGCAUGCACAGUCGACCGGCUUCUCGAGGAUUUGCUUUUCGUGCUUCUCCCGGGAAACGCAAAUCGCGUCGCACCGGCCGGUGGCCCCGAGGCUCUCGGCUGUCCGUUUCCUCGUGCCCGUGAGUGGGGAGACGAAGAAGAGGGUGGCGCAUUCUCCAGCCAAGAAACAUGUACGGGGAGAAGCGAGAGACAGGCUAGAGCCUCGAGGGCCGCAACGCGGAGAGACGCCGAAAGCACGAAGUCGCUACGCGAAGCAGAAGAACAAGAUCGACAGAGGCGCAAGCCGCUCGUCUCGUGUUUGGACCGAAGAAGCGGGGGACGCAGCCAGAGGUAUCGAGGUGACUACUCAGACUCGUGUGAUGAACAAGAAGAUUGGGCCCAGGAGGCUACAGAGCCGCGCCAUGAGUCGGCAUUUCAUGAUUUCCGCUCGCAUUCCCCGCGCAGGCAUGCAGAUCGUUUGAUGGCUCAGGAUGUCGAGUUUUCCGACACGAGCAGCGAGCCUCGGUCGCCGCCUCCUCUGUCUUCUGAUCACGAGGCCUCUUCUCGACCUCGAAAUGCCCUCUCGUCUUCGUCGCCUCGCUCCGCUCUUUUUAGCGCGGCCGUUCUGCGUCUAAAUCGAGUAACGCAUCCGCUUUUCUCCCCCCUAGUUCUGCACCUUCUGGUGCGCCUGCUUUCCUCGAGUUCCGCGCGGCGGCUCCCUGUGUUCUUCUCUCGCUUGGCCGCGAGGCUGGCCCUGUGGCCCGCGCCCCCGCUUCUCAGGAGUCUCCUGGAAGAAAGACGAAAGGAGGCGAGAAAAUCGCGGCAGCACCGAGAGUGCAGUCAGCCAGUGGCCGAGCACGCCGCAAACGCAGUGAGAGAAGGAGCAGACGACGAGGGAGGACGAGAGGUUCUUCUUCUUCCUGCAAGAAUGGCGAUUGCCCUCUGUCGCCGGUGCCUCGGUGCCUGUGAAGAAGAGGGGCUCGUGUUGCUUCCGUGUGUAACCCCUCAGAUGCCGGUUGGAGCCGAGAAGACGAACAAUACAAAAAUGGAAGGAACGACAACUGGAGAGGAUCCGAUGAAGUUCACUUUACCGCAAAGCGACGAGGAUGGGUGGCAAACACAGAUGCCUAACGGGAUCCUCUCCUCGUCAGCGUCGCUUUCUCUCGCUUCCUCGUCUGGUGCUGUCAGGUCCGCUCGCCGCUUUGUGGGACAAGGGGUCUGCAUUGUGUCUUGGGAAGAAAAGGAAGAACAUGCAGCAGAGAAAUCGCUUGCACUUCUCAUCGAUCUCCUUUCGGGCCUUCGCCUGGCUCUCUGGGCGGCGCUGGAGUGCUGGAAGGAAACGGUAUUCCACUUCUUUCCGAUGCCUUUCCUGCAAGCUCCCGCAGCGUCACCUUUGUCGGAGUCGCCCGCUCCACCGUCUCCGCCGUCUGCCUUUCCAUCUUUCCAUUCCGGUCCUCUGCCUCGUGCAGGUUCUUCGGUUCUUCCCGGCCACCGUGCCGCUCACUCUGCUGCAUUUUCCGCGUUUCCAUUCUCAGACCUUUCUUUUUCACGCUGGUUUGCUCCCUCGCUGAGCGCCUCACAUCGCUCUCUUUCCGCCUGUACGUCGGCCCUGUGGGGUCUCCGUCACGGGUCUGAAGGGGGCGCACCCUGGGUGCCUUCGCCGCAGGGCAAGCAUGGACUUCAUGAACAAGCAGAAACCUGGCGUCGAGGAGACACAUUGGAGGGCAGUGCUCGGCACACAGGCCCCACCGAAAGAUGUCACAGUCUGUUGAGUGUCGCGCUGGAGCUCCAGGAAGUCUUCGCCACGCUUCAGCUGACUCUCCAGAAUCUUUCUAGUGCCGCUGUAUGCUUCUGUCUCUCUAGGCACACACAGGCAAGACCGGAAGCAGAGCCAAAGAAAAAUUUGAAUUUCACAAGACUUUCCGCUGGGAAAGGACAGAGCGAACCGGAGAUGGUCCGGUGUGGGUGGAAGGAAAGGAGUCGGGGAGAGGACUGUGGACGAAAAAACGACCGAGAAAUGUCAGACGCCAUGGAUAACAGGCCGCCUGGCUCCUCAGAUGGAAACGCGAUUCCGGUUUCUCGCAGCUGCUGUGAAGAAGAGAACCGCCUCAUGGCCAACGCAAAACAGGAAGGAGGGUACACGAAAAUGGAGUGUGGAAUUUCUGUCGACAAGUUCCGGAGCUCUUCUCUAUUACCGGAACAGUGCGGACGCGCGCCGGAACAGGUGGGGAAAUGUGGAAGCGAGGAGACAAAUCCUCAAGUGGUGAAUAUCGGGACGGUUGCUCAAGACAUCCGAAAGCAAAAAAAGCGCUUGGCACUGCUCCGAACCGCGGAGGAGUUUGUCCGAAACAGUGUACAGACAACCGCGUUUCUCGACCACAUCUCGCGCACAGAACUCCUGCCUCUCGUGACUCAGUUCGCCUCUGUUUCUAUUCCGCGAGCCGAAUGUGUUGGAGGCACAACAACGGAGGACGGGGUGUCUUCUGAAGGCAGGGAGUUACAAGAAGAAACGACGAAGAAAGACCAACAAGCGAACAGAAACAGUGACGCGGAGGAUGAACGAGAAGUCUCUGACACUCUGAAAAAUAGUCCGCCAGUGGGCUUAAACGUCGAGGGAACCCACACAAGCUUGGGACAAGGCAGGCACGGAGCAUCCUCCGGAGAACGGGGCAAACACAGGGGAGUAGACGGAACGGAUGCUCGAAGUAUGAGAGAAAUGAAUAAAUGCCAACUUCCUGCGCGUGAACACAGUACUGAGCCUGACGAGGGCUCGACAUGCCGGGAAAGAGGAACAGAAAGCGGGGACCUUGAAGAAGACCCGGAGCCCGGCUGCUGUCCACAAAUGAGUCCCUGUUCGUCUCCUUUGAACAGCAACCAGGGUUCUCCUUCUGAACCUCAGCUUCCGAAAGCGGAAACCAUCACUGCUGCGUUGGAGAUGGAGAAGCACGGAGAGGAGUUUUGUCGCCAGGGUGUCUCAGCUCGUUUGAACAAACAGGCGAGCGAUAUACGCGCGCGUCCUACGGCCUGGUCCGCCGGCGAUCUUUUGCAUUCUCUUACCUCUCGCUGGACACUCGAGGCUAAAGAGCUCGCCCGCCUCCGCAGUCUCCUUGCGGUCGGAUCUCAGAACGACCUCUCGGAAGAGGACAACAUGGGAAGCGACAGCGGGGGCUCUGAGACUAGCGGGCGACGGGCAAGAACUUUUAGGUCAAGUGUGCCCGUCUCUGCUCCCUUCACAACCUCCACGGCAACUGCUUGUGAGCCUCAGUGGCAACAAGAAAAUAAAGACGAUGGACACACAGGUCGUUUUCUCGAUUUCAGGCAAGGGCGAGAGCGUGAGGAGAGGCUGACUACUAGGGCGGUAGCGACAUCAAAAGGGCGAAACCACGAUAGCUCGCCUGCAGGUUUCCCCGAAGACGAACGUUCGCACCUGUUUGAGACCAAAGAAGGAAGAGAGGGCCAGUCACCGUUCCGGCCGUCCUCAGUCUCGUCUUUCGAUCUGUAUGGUAGGAGGGAAGGGAGACGACGGCGUGACGAAGCUGAGAGAGACGAGACGGAAGAACGCGAGAGUACGGAAGAAGAAGAAUUCGCACACUUGAUGAGUGAACUCGUCGAUCCAACUUUCACAGACCCUAUGAGUGUGGUCGAUGAGCCACCUCCUUGGCUGUCGAGGCUGUCUGAGACAGACAGCGGGAUCAUCGGAGAGGCAACGGCUGAUUACUCGUCGCCCGCCGUCUUUCGCACCGGAUUCAACCGUAGCGAGCAUUCGGAGGAAACCAAACGGGAAAAGCCUAGCCUCAGCGGAGACUCAGAGACCGCGAGGGGCCACCAGCUUUUUUCCGCUCCAGGCGAAGUUCCUGGAGGCGGCGAUACGAGGCAGCGCACCCUCAAUCUUCUUCGCCCGCGAAAAAUCCGUCCUGUUUGGUUUUCCUUCAUUAACUCUCUCUUCAACCCUGGCUCAGUUCCAUCGGCCUUCAGACGUGGCGAAGCCAAGUGA